AUGGCACUUACCGAAGCCCCCAUCAGAGGAGGCCUGCAUGCUGCCAGUGAGGACACGUGGCACAAGUGGGUUGGUCCAAGGGGAGGGAACAUGGACAAGGGAGGGUCGGCAGAGUGGCGGGAUGGCAGCACACUGCUGAUUCCCCUGGACGACCCAACCACCAACGUGGCUCACUUCAUUGGGAAGGCGGCUCAGAUACUGCUAGUCAACAAUGCAUCAACGCCCACGGCUCUCCCUCUCAUCACACGAUUCCUCCUGCCACGCACCCCUGCUGCUGCCUCCAGGAUGAGGCAGCACGGGCAGCGGGGGUGGAUCCCCUCCGUGCUGCACAUGCUGCUGCGCAUAGCCCUUGAGCCCCUUCUCAACCACACCGCUUCCUCCCAUCACAUCCCGUCGCUCCCACGAAGCCCUCAAUCUCUAGCCGAUGCGGUCUCGCCUGAAGUGUUAGUGGGAGCGUCCACUGGUGCAGCAGCAAGCACUGGUGCCAGCAGGGGUGGUUUGGAGGUGCUAGCAGGGGCGGUGGAGUUUGAGUCAGCAUUCAGCAGGGCAUCUGAUGCACAUCCCAUGUGCUUCCAUCGCCUUGUGCUGCCAGGCUACCUCAAGGCCAUCACCUUCCCAGGGGGCAUGGAGCAGGCAGACAUGUUCAAGCACCGCCUCAAGGAGGCCUUCCCCCACCCCGACCCCGACCCCUUCCGCGCUCUGGCGUCUCCCGACAAUGCCUCUAUAGAAGAUGCGUCUGCUGGGAGCAGUUCAGCUGAUGGUGCCACUGUUCGCCUGCUGUACAUCACUCGCAAUGCAUCGCUCACACGCGGCCGCCGUGUGAUGAGUGCGGAAAGCUCCAGCGCUCUGCUCAAGCUGUUUCACCAGCUCAACUUCCAGGUAGCCCAAGUGGAGUUCACGCCGCUCACCUUUGCCCACCAGCUAGCUCUGGUACAGGCAGCAGACAUCAUAGUCUCCCUGCAUGGCGCAGGCCUUACCAACCCCGCCUCGUUCGCUCGCUCCGACUCCGUUCUCCUGGAGAUCUCCCCCUACGGAGUCUUCUACAAUCUGUAUUAUUUCAUGGCGGUGAAUGCCGGGGUGACCUACAUGCUGCACCAGUGCACCGCCGGGCCUGCCCCCAUGCCUGCUAAAGAUGCAGAAUUUCAAGGUGUAGGUCCGUUUCCGUGUGACCAUGACCCGGCAUGCAAGCAGUACCGGACUCACGACCGGCCGGUGAAUCUGGGAAAGAAAGACAUUGAGGAGUUGGGGGAUCUGCUGGCAGUGGCUCGGAGAUUGAUUCUGGAUUCCAAGGACGAACCGCAGCUGUCGGAUCUCCUCCUCCCGUCAUCGCUACCGUUCAAGCGCGUGCAGCUGGAGGAGAAGUACCCGCGCGGGUCGCAGGUGCGCGGCGGGCGGCACUGGAAGCACCUGAAGCAGAUCCUGCAGCCGCACAACCUGAGCGACCUGCCGCCCGACGAAGCCAAUUACGUGACGAUCGAGGCGCCGCCGUCAAUGUACCCCGCUAAGAAGUACUGCGAUAUAACGGGGCUCGAGGCGCCCUACACGGACCCGCACAGCAAGCUGCGCUUCGCCAACCCCGCCGCCUUCGCCAUCGCGCGCUCGCUCCCCCACCCGCACGCGCAGGCCUUCCUCGCGCUCAGGGGCGCGCAGACCAUCGUCAAGCCGACUGAGCGAUUCUCUGAGUCUCUCGGGCACUCUCCCUGCCACAGCCUCGCAUCUCCCUGCCGCUGCUACACUGCUGCGCGCUGUGCCAGGGUUAGGCGUGGCCUUGCUGCUCGAGCGGGUGGUGUUGCUACAAGCGGAGGAGGGGACAGCGUAGGCGGUGUGACUCUAACGGAUGUGAUAGAGUCGGGUGUGGGUGGGAUGGAGGGAGAGCGGAGGAGGGACGGGGUGGGGACUGGUGAGGACAGGGUUGGGAGAGGAGGGAUGGGGACGGGGUCUGGUGAGAACAGGAUUGGGAAUGGAAGCAGGGUGGGAAAGGAAUCCGACAUUCCCAAGGUUGUGUGGGAGCUCGAGCAGGAGACGAAAGACCUGCUGGAGUGGCCAAUUGUGUGCCGCCAGGUGGCACGAUUCGCGGACACAGUAAUGGGGUACAGAGAGGCGGAGGAGGGGAGGCUGGCAGUGGGGCGCACGUGGGAGGAGAGCCAGGCGCUGCUGCAGCAGACGGAGGCAGCGCUGCUGCUGCCUCGACGGCUGGACUUCAACGGUGCUGUGGACGUGGGAGGGUUGCUCUCUCGGCUCGACCGCAGUGCUGCUGCUGUCGCGGCUGAUAAUGCUGCUGCUGCUGGUGAUGUAGGUGAUGGUAUCUCCGAGGGUGCUUCUUCUGGCCGUGAUAGUGAUGGUGAUGGCAGUGACAGCGAUGCCACUGCAGCUGCCACUACGGGUGCACCCACCCCGCCCAUGACCAUAACCCCCUCGGAGCUCCUAUCAGUGGCAUCUCUCCUGCAGUCAGGCAUUGACCUAGGUGCUUGCAUCGGGCUGGUGCCAAAUGAAUCUGGCAUUCUCUGCCCCUCCUCUUCCUCCUCCUCCCCCUCCCCGACCCCCUCGCAUCUCGCCCCUCUCACGGCCCUCCUCUCCUCUGCUGCCACGUGUCCCCACCUCCUCCUCCGCAUCCGCACCGCCAUCAACCCCCGCCUCAAGUCCCUCGCUGACUCAGCAAGCGCUGAGCUGGCAGCCAUCCGCGCCGCCAGGCGGGACAACCGGCGCCAGCUGGACGAAGCAUUGCAGAGAGCAGCGCGACGUGUGGUGGAGGGAGGGGGGAUGGAUGAGGCUCAGGUGAGUAGGAGGAGAGGGAGAGGGUGCGUGGCGGUGAGAGCAGGGAAAAAGAGUGCUGUCACACCCGGGGGUGUUACCUUAGAUGUUAGUAACACUGGCGCUACACUCUUUGUGGAGCCUGUAGAGGCUAUUGAGUUGAACAAUAACGAGGCAGAGUUGAGUGGGCAGGAGGCGGAGGAGGAGAGGCGGGUGCUGAGGGAAAUGGCGGAGCAGGUGGCGGAUUGUGCACCGUUGAUUCGAGAUCUGACGGACAGGAUUGUCGCGCUGGACCUGGCGUGUGCCCGUGCAAGGCAUGCCCUGUGGAUGGGUGGUUCCGCUCCUGUCCUCCUGCCCCCCGCACACCCUCUCUCCCAUGCGCAUGGGGAUGCAACUUCAGGAGUAGAUUCCCCUGGGGGCAGUGGUAUGGGGGGAAAUACCCUUGUAGGAAGAGAAUCUGACAAAAUCGAAUCUUAUGCGGUUGAGAUUCGCGGCAUCCAGCACCCAGUGCUGCUGGAGAUGUAUCUAGACGCCCUCAGUGCUCCUGCUCACAACAGGACGAGUAAAAGCACAGGUGCAGCAGACACCAAUGCAGUAGCAGCAACAGGAGGAGGAGGAGCAGCAGCAGCAGCAUCCCCCCUGCCGUCUCCCCCGGUGCCCAUAGACCUGCUGGUGCCGGCCGGCGUGGCAGUGGUGGUCAUCUCCGGCCCCAAUGCGGGCGGCAAGACCGCCGCCCUCAAGACCCUCGGGAUUGCCGCGCUCAUGGCCAAGGCGGGUCUCUUCCUGCCCCUGGCGGGGGACGAGGAUGGACAGGGAGGAGGAGAAGAGCAGGCAGGGGCGGCGGAGAGUGGGGGAGAGAGGGGAGGAGAGACAGAGACAGAAGGAACAGGAGAGAGCAGAGGGAGUGGGGCGAGGGGGCGGGUGGCGGUGGUGGCGUGGUUCGACCGCAUGGUGGCGGACAUUGGAGACGAGCAGUCGUUGGAGCAGAGCCUCUCCACCUUCAGCGCCCACAUGCGCCGCGUCUCCCGCAUCCUCCUUGCCUCCUCGCCUUCUUCCUCUCCUUCCUCGCUCUCCUCGCUCUCCUCGCUCUCCUCUCCGUCUCCUUCUUACUCCUCCUCCUCCUCCCCUUUCUCCUCCUCGACUCUCGUGCUUCUGGACGAGGCGGGCAGUGGCACGGACCCAUCAGAGGGAGCAGCGCUCGCAGCGGCCAUUCUGAAGCACCUGGCGGGGUGCAGCGGGCUCACACUCGCCACCACUCACUACGCUGACCUCAAGAAGCUCAAGGCGGCCGAUUCCCGGUUUGAGAAUGCCAGCGUCGCAUUCGACCCGGUCUCCCUGCGCCCGUCCUUCCACAUCCUCUGGGGUCUCCCCGGCACCUCCCACGCCCUCUCCCUCGCUGCCUCCCGCGGCCUGCCCCCCUCUCUCGUCGCCAGAGCCGCCAGGCUCGCCCGUGCUGCCAGUCUAGAGGCAGGGGAGGAGGAGGAGGCGGAGGAGGUAGUGAGGGAGGUAGAGGAGGAAAGGGCAUUAGGGGAGGGAAGGCAAGGGGGAGAGAGUGAGACAGACGAGUAUGCUAUCCUGGGAGGGGGAAGGGGAGAGGGUGAGGAGGUGGGGAUACUAGCAUCACUCAAGCAGCAGUGGCAGCGGAACGUGGAAGAUGCGAGAGAGGCAGCCGAGGCAAGGCAACAAGCAGAGAGACUUCUGAAAGACCUGCAGGCGCACUAUACCAGCAGGAGCACCUCACAGCAGGGCCAGCAGGAGCAGCCUCUGCCUGUGAGGGAGGUGCUGUGGAAGAGAAGGUAUCAGAGGGACGUUCAGGAGGAGGUCUUGGCAGCAAGGGAGGAGAUUUCCCGCGUUGUUGCCGGUUUUCAGGAAGCCUCCCUUGCUGGUGUUCCGGAGCGGGCGGCGACGGACCAGGCCUGUGCUGACGUGGCAGCGGUGGCGGCUUUGACGGACCUCUCUCCCGAGGCUAACCCUGCUAUAGGUUCGGAUGCUUCUGUUGGUGGCUCGGCGGGAGACCCAGGAGGGGCGGACUGGGUUCCUGCUCUGGGAGAGCUUGUGUAUGUGAAGAGGUUCGGCACCAGCAUGCGUGGUACGGUGGUGGCAGUGGGCGGUGGUUCGGGAGAAGCCUCGGCAGAAACAGCAGGUGCUCGGUCUGUGACGGUUCAAUUGGGAAAUCUGCGAUUGCAAGUGCAGAGAGCAGACCUCCUUCCCGCCGCCGAUGGCAGUGGUGAUGGUGGACAGAGCAGGACAGAUGGAGAGGCAGGAAGGAGGGGGGGAACAGGAGGACUGUUUGGCAGCCAAUGGGAGCAAGAUGACGACAGCAACAGCAACACCAACUCAAAUAAGACUCGUGUCUCCAAGCGUGGCGGUCAGUUGCCCUCCCCAUCCUCCUCCUCUUCCUCCCCUCUGCCAGCAGUGAGAGAGGCAGCAGUGCAGACAGCACGGAACACAGUGGAUGUGAGGGGGCGGAGUGCAGAGGAUGCAUUAGCAGCGGUGGACCUAGCAGUGCAGUCCAGCCCGCCUGGUGCUGUGCUCUUCAUUGUGCAUGAGCUUGGCACGGGCGUGCUUCGGGCAGCUGUGCUUAAAUAUCUCUCGGGCAGCCCACUGGUUUCGCGGCACGAGCCGGAAAGCAGGUUGAAUAUUGGGUGUACUAUUGUUUACAUUGGGUGA